AUGCGAUUGUUCUUUCGGAACCUUCGCUACUUCGUGAAGCCUCGGGGGCUUGUUAAGAUUGCCUCAAACAUGGGUGCGGUGGGAGUGCGAUUCUCCUACAUUCUAGGUUCUGCGGAGCAGAACGAGUUCCAGCAUGUGGAAACCUUGCCAUUCUUGGAGUGGUCGCUCCACCGCUAUGGUCGCGCAUAUGGUGACCGGCGAGACAAGAAGAAGCGACCUGGAGACGGACAAGGCUACAAUGCGCAAAAAGCUGAAUCUGACAUGGUCUACACCUUCGAGUACCGGCCCUCUGGAAAGGAUUUACCACCACAGGAGAUCAAGUUGCCACCCACGUUCCAAACGAUCAUAGGCUGCAAUGAUGGUCCUUUCAAGAACUUGGACCACAAUUCCAGCAUGGCGCUCGCCAGGACAGAGGAGCAGAUCGCUGAAUUCCAAGAAGCAUUCCAAUUGUUUGCUGGCGAUGAACUGGAAGAUCUGACGGAAGAACAGAUCGAAGAACUGCGGGAGUGGCAGGCGCACUGCGACGAGCUCCGUUCUGAAUGGAACGAAGAAGAUUCGCUCAUGCAGCAUCUGCGGCAGUUGCAUGGCACUGGAGCAAGACUCUUGGGAGAGGCCGAGGACGGCCCAAUCAUUGCUCCCUUGACCUCCAUUGAGGUGGAACUUGAGGUCCUCGAUAUCGCUGUGCUGGCACGAUUUACUCAGUGCUUUGUGAAUCCCACAGACGAGUUGCUAGAUGUGACCUAUGCCUUCCCGGUGCUCCCGAGUGCGAGCGUCACGCAUUUGGAUGCUCAAAUCGGCGAGCGGGUAAUUGUGAGACGAGUUGUUGAAAAGCAAGCGGCUCGCGCGCAGUUCCAGGAAGCCCGGACGGAGAGAAAGGCCGCCGCCCUCUUGGAGAAAGCUGCGGGAGAUCUGAUGCGCCUGAAGCUGGGGCAAGUGGAUCCCGGAGAGACCGUGCUGGUCCGCCUGGACAUGACGAUGGAGCUGCAGAAUCAGAGUGAUGGUCAAUUCCGUGUGGCUCUGCCAAUGAUUGUUGAUCCGCGCUAUCCGUUGCGACCCGAUGUUUGGACUACCGAAGCAAUGGAGGAGUCUGCAGCCACGCAAGAAGCAUCACAGGGUCCUGGCACGGGAAGCUUCAGCUUCACUGCUCAGGUGCAGAUGCCAAGCCCGGUGUUGCGGAUCUGCAGUCCCAGUCACCCCGAGAUGGCGUGUCACCUGGAUGGAUCACAGGCCUUUGCCUCCCUAGCCCUCACCACAAUGCCCCAGCGCGAACUCGUCCUUUCGAUCAACAUCUCGAAGCCGCUGGAGCAGCGCUGUUGGAUGCAAGAGAUGGCCGAGGAUACCGGUUUGCUGUACGCCGUGCUCUAUCCAGAGGAGAAGGCGUUGCAGCACCUUUGGCCGUCCGAGGAUCUUCCGAAGGAGUUCAUUUUUCUGUUGGAUCGAUCUGGAUCGAUGCAGGGUUCGGCAAUCUCAGCAGCACAAUCUGCUUUGCAGCUCUUUCUCAGGAGCCUACCCCUUGGAUGUCUCUUUGACAUCGUUGGUUUUGGCUCGACAUGGAGGUCGUUGUUUGAGGCCAGUGUGGCCUACGACGAGAAAUCCCUCAACAAGGCCAGCAAACAUGUGAAGUUUGUCCAAGCAGACAUGGGAGGUACUGAGCUGCUUCAGCCCCUGAAGCAUGUUCGAGAACGUGUUGUACCCGCUGGCUACCAACGUCGAGUAAUAUUGCUUACGGAUGGCCAAGUCUCAAACACCCAAGAAGUGAUGAAGUUGGUAGCAUCUUUGCCCAGCCAUACGGAGGUCUACACUGUGGGUUUUGGAGGAGGUGUUUCCCACGCGUUGGUUGAAGGCAUUGCCGAGAAUGGCCGUGGUGCAGCGGAUUUUGUGCUGGGGGCAGCAGAAUUAGAACCGACAGUCAUCCGGCAGCUGACAAGAGCCAUGCGUGGAUGUCCUCCAAGGCUCACGCAGGUGGAGUGGUCCGGCCGGCUGGAAGAAGUCUCCCCCAGUGCUCUGGCUCCACGUGGCCGAGGACCCCACCAAUCGGGACGUGCGACAGCCGGGAGAGCACGACUGGGUGUGCCAUGCUGUGGGCAGCGGGUUGUGCUGGCAGCGGUGGUCAAAGGUGGUCAAGGCCUAGGCGACUCACUUCAGUUGCGCUUCCACAACAACGACGGUCACAGCGAGUGCAUUGCCUUACCAGUGCAGCACCUCCAGCGUUCUCGGGUUCUGCAGAGCGUCGUCGGGAAGGCCUUGAUCGAUGAUGCCAUGAAGGACCUGCCGAUCGGGACGGAGGAGGCGAAGCGUUGCCAAGAUCGGAUCAUCCGCUUGGGCUGGGGCCUCAGUUUCCCGACAUUGAAACUGUGGAGACAAGCCGUUAGGAUUUGCCAACAUCGGCAGUUUCAGCAAACCGGCAGCUUCCGCAAAGACCAUUCGGCGGCAGUCGAGGCUGCAUUUCCACUCACGAGCUUGGACCUCUCAUGCGACUUCUUGAAAGACUUCCGUCGCGCUGAUGCGCGUGGAGUGCAGUUGCUGGAUGAUUUCAUGGUAGCGUUGCGCCGCAGAGAUGCAGCGAAAACAACAGAUGAAAGGUAUCAAAUUGCAGCUGAAGAUUUGGAGCCAAUCUUUGAGAUUCUACGGGAGGUAGUACAGGAAUGCAAGCAGGCGGCCUCAGAUCUACAUCAAAAAGCACGAGAUGCUGCUCUUCAUUCUUCGGGUCCCGAAGAAGUUGAUGUUCUGGAGCUGUUUCAGGCCGCAGAUCGUGCGGAACAAGACGUCCAGUUGAAGACACAACUGGUUGAUAGCCUUUCCCUGGCCUCCAAAGUUGAACACGUCACGGCUGUUCAAGUCAUGUGGAUGUGCAAACCAUAUUUGAACCAGGACAUGAUCAAUGAGGUGGACUGCGACGGGAACGGCGUCAUAGACUUUCCAGAGUUUCUCAGCAUGCAAGCGCGAAAGAUGAGGGACACAGACGGGGAGGAGGAACUCAUGGAAGCCUUUCGGGUCUUCGACGUCAACGGCAGCGGCUUCAUCUCUGCGGCGGAUUUUCGACAUGUGAUGACCAAUCUAGGAGAGUGUUUGAGCGACCAAGAGAUUGACGAGAUGUUCAGACAAGCUGACGUUGGUUGUGACUUUGAGCAGGAGAGCGAAAGCACAGAGACAGAGUUUGUUCCUCCAGACGCUGCCACCAUUCUGAAUAAACAGAAGGCAUGGCUUCAAGAACUUAUUCUCCUUCAGGCCUUUGAUGGUUCUUGGAAGGACACCUUGGAGCUUCGGGAGGUCUUGGCAUUGCCAAACGAUGCGUUUCUUGAAGGUGGCCAAGGACAUGCUGCUGGGCCGCCAUCGCCUAGGUUCGAGAAUGAUGCAGAGACAGCGGAAGCUUCAGAAGGUGUGGAAGUCAGAAGCACGAACCGUAGCACUGAAGUGGGAUUGGAAUCGGAAAUGCAUCAUGCGUUGAACCGAGCUGAGUUUUGUUGGCUUUUGGGAACUUGGCUCAAGUACUUUCCCGCGCGUCGCAACGGCAGCGCAUCCGAGAUGCAGAUCUUCGUCAAAACCCUCACGGGCAAGACGAUCACGCUUGACGUGGAAGCAUCCGACACCAUCGACAAUGUGAAGGCCAAGAUCCAAGACAAGGAGGGCAUUCCUCCCGACCAGCAGCGAUUGAUCUUCGCUGGAAAGCAGUUGGAGGAUGGCCGCACCCUUUCAGACUACAACAUUCAGAAGGAGUCCACGUUGCACUUGGUGUUGCGUCUUCGCGGUGGUGUCAUUGAGCCUUCUUUGGCCGUGCUUGCCCGAAAGUUCAACUGCGAGAAGAUGAUUUGCCGCAAGUGCUAUGCUCGCCUCCAUGCUCGGGCCGUGAACUGCCGCAAGAAGAAGUGCGGCCACAGCAACCAGCUCCGCCCCAAGAAGAAGCUGAAGUAAGCGAAUCCUCUGGAGGCUGCAAGCUGUCCCUGGUCGGGCUGCUUUUGGCAGGUUCAAGUCGAGCCGAUGCGCGGACGCGGGGAGUGCUUAAGAGGGUGCUUAAAA